CAAGAUUCAUUUAAACUUCCUUUUUAAUUUACUUUUAUUUCAUCUGGUAGUGCGAGAUCAAUUUUACCAAGAAAAUUGGCAGUAAAACAACUACAUCCGCCAUGACAACAACACCAGAAGACAUUUUCAAACUAAAGAUACUUGAUUGCUUAUUGGAACUAUCAUUGUUCACAGAAGGAAUGGUACCAAAGGUAAAUUCAUUGAAUUUUGAAACUACAAAAUCAAGAAUACGUGAAAUUUUGCCAUGGAUAACCGAUAUUGAUUUUAUUAGAGCUGGAAGUGUUGCUGAUCAGUUGUUUUUGACAAAAUUUCAAGAUAAAGGAUUUCAUUAUAAUACUGACUUGGAUUUUAUAUUUGUACCGCAACAUGUUUAUGUAGCAUGGCCACAAGAGAAAUCAGUCCCACCCGAAGCUGUAGCCAUUGUUAGAGAAACUAGAGAUCCAAUGUAUGUAAAGUUACUGGUGAACAAAAAUAGUGAAAAUAUUCUUCCAAAAGCCAUUUUGAAGAUUGAUGAGAAUAGUAGGGAAACAUUUGUUUCAAGCAACCAGUUUUUGCUCGAGUUUCAAAAACGUAUCAACCACGAACAAAUAGCGGUUGAAAUAUCUGGCCCAUCGCAGCAGAUCCAAAACCGCAACAUAAUUCAACCAGAUGCAGACAACAUUUCUUCAGUGGAUCUUGUGUUUGCACUUAAAUUAUCCCAAUGGCCACAAAACGCUGAGGAAUGGAAAAGUCGGAUACGACCCAAUGCCUGGCCAGAGCCAAUACUAGUUAAAGAAAUUUCUGGGCUGGACAUUCACUUGGUUGCGAAAGGAAACAUUGAAGGAGACAGCCCUGAUUUAGAAUGGAGAUUGUCCUUCAAUUUAGCAGAACGAAGGCUUGCCGAAAUCUUAUCACAGAAAGAAAAACAGUGUUUACUAGUUACAAAAACACUGCUGAAAGAAAUAGACGUGGAAGAUGGUCUGUCAUCGUAUCACUUAAAAUCUGUUUUGUGGUGGAUGCUAGAACGAGGACCAUUUAGUCGUGAUGAUUGGUCUCAACAGAGCCUGGCAACAUGUUUUUUGGCAUAUUUAAAAGAAGUACGCUUGGCUAUAGAGACAAGAACUGUCAAAAACUAUUUUGUUCCCAAACAUAAUAUGAUUCAACAUUUAGAUGAUCUACCUCUACAAAACACCCUUGAGAAGAUCUCCAAAAUUCAAGACGAUCCCAUAUCCUCCAUUUUAUCUUCAGUCAAACUUAUGGAAAAUCCUAGGUUUUUCUUUUCAUUGAGUCCACUCGAUGGCUAUGAAUUUGAUGACCUUAAAACCAUGAUUAGACAUGGCUAUGACACGGUGACUGAUAAAAAGUUAACAGAUUUUUUCGUGUAUCAUUUUUACAAUGCUGGGUUGCCAUUAGUAUCAAAUCCAAACCAGAGAAAUAAAGUAGUAACUUUACUAAAAAAGAUUGCACAAUUAAAAUGUGUGAAGGAAACUCAGGAAUCCUUUGCAGUCAAACACCUCGUGAAAUAUUGUUUUAAAUGUAUCCAUUCAGGAGAUUAUUCCAACGCAUGUGAAGCCAUUGCUGUUUUGAACGAAAUACAGGAAAUUCAUGAAAUAAAACAAACGUUAGCUUCAUAUAAAAUGGACAAUAAAGAUGUUGCAACAUUAUUUCACAACACUGGUUGCGCCUUUUUAAGAUGGUCAAAGCUGUCAUUUUGGGAGGAACGCAAGAACACAGAUUUGCAGUGUGCCGAAUUAUUUUUCAAAACUGCAGCUGAUCUUAAUCACAAUGUUGAACACAGUGCCGAGUACGCUCACUUCCUGUACACCCAAGAGAGAUUUAAUGAAUCAUUAGAACAAGCAACCCUUGCCGUUGAAUUAACACGUGGUAAUGAUGACUUGUCGUUGCGCCUUAGUUAUGACAUAACUGACAUUGAUGUUAUAGAUACGAGCAUCCAACGACACGUUGUAAAACAUGAACAAAUUACUGCUCCUGCUAUUGUGUUUGCCUAUUACUUCCUAGUACGGUCACUUUUUCAACUCAAAAGAAAAGAAGAAGCAAUUCAAAAGGUAUAUGAAAUGCGAAGCCUAGUUCACAGAGUACCGCCAGAUGAUAGAUAUGACAGCCUUUCCAUGACAGGGUAUGCGUGCUUGCCAAUAGAUCUCUUUGAAGAAGCAAAGGAACUGUUCACUGAAGCUCGUAACAUUAAAUCUGCUGUUCUACAGUCGGAGAAUAUUGAACUUUGCAACAAACUUAUCCUAGAUCAGAGUUCUGACGUACUGUAUACUCGGGAGGUUCAAAGUUCUGAUGGCUGACGAAUGAUGAUACUGCUAGAAGUAACUUGUAGUUGUUUCCUUUCACCUAGUGUCAAAUAUAACAUGCAAUUUCGGAUGAAAACACAUUUAACAUUUAAUCAAUUACGUAGGUUCUGUUCGCAAAGGAGUUUGAAGGGAUCACUGAAAAAGAGGGUAUACUGGGUAGGGUAAGAAAGUUAGCCUUGCGACAACUUGAAGAUUUGAUGAAUCGUAAAUGACCUCAAAAAGUUCUUGCAAUGGUUCUUUUACAAGCGUGAACGCAUGAGAAAGUAUUGAACUAGUGUUUCUAUUCCUAUCAUAUUAAAAAUUUAAAUAACAAAAUUACCGAACUCGAAGGAAAAUUCAAAACGGAAAGUCUUUUAUCAAAUGGCAUAAUCAAAAGCUCAAACACAUCAAACGAAUGGACUUGGUACAGGUAUUUCCUUACGUAGAAAAUGUUGGCUCAGUUCUAAUAUUUCUCAUUUUGAAGCAAUACCAACUCACUCUUUCUUAACUUAUUCAUCAUCAAAUCGUAAAAUGAUUAAUUCGCCAGCGUUUGCAAUUUUCAUUAAAUUAUUGCUCUAGUGACCAGACUGAAUUGUUCUUUUUUUACUGGAUAAACAAUUCACAAUAUCCUUAUUUUGAUUCGCGCAGCUAAAUCAGCAUAGCACCGAGAAAUU